GAGUCUCCUCAUCCUCACACACGUCUCGUUUCAUUGGCUGAGAGGGGUGAUGUCACAGAGUGGACUUCCCUAUAAAAAGUCGGUCUCCCACACAGACAGCAGACCAGCUGAGAGCUCACUCACUUCCACCAACGAAGACAGCUCUGUGAGACACUACAUACUUUACACACAACUGUGAAACCUUUGGGAAUAUCUACCAGUGAGCAGGAAAACAUCUCACCAUGUGCAGAGCACUUGAAUCGCUGCCUGUCACCUGCCUGGAGAGGGCAAAGGAGCUCAAAGCUUUGUUUGGAAGUUUGCUCCAAAAGUCAGAUCACAGUAUCACCUGCCAGUCAAAGAAAAAUGACAAACUGAGGAUUAAUAUCAACGAGCCUUUGAAAUGGAAGGAGUCUUUUGAGAAACUUUUGUCCAGUCAAAAUGGACUGUGCCUGUUCAGAGCCUUCCUGGUCUCUGAGUUCAGUGAGGAAAACAUUGCCUUCUACCUGGCUUGUGAAGACUACCGGGCAACAAAACCCUCAAAACUGGCCGCCAAAGCCAAGAACAUUUACGACGAGUUCAUCGGCUGUGAUGCACCACGAGAGGUAAAUCUCGACCAUGUGACCAAAGCCAUCACAAAGGAGAACUUGGAGCAACCCAGCGAGACCUGUUUCAAUCUGGCUCAAGCCAAAAUCUACACCCUGAUGGAGAAAGACUGCUACCCUCGCUUCCUCAAGUCCUCCACAUACCUGGAGCUCUGCAGAAAGGCCAAGACAGGCUAACAAACUCUAUUUAAAAAACUGACGUAAAGGGACAUAAGCUUACUGACGCACAGCGGAGACUGGAAAGGUUCACACGGAACAAAUACCUCAGUCCAAGGAGACUCGGGCCAAGUUGCCAAGUCAUUUUUGAGGCAGAAGGCUGCAUACAGAUCAGUGUCAGAGCUGGAAGCUGAAGGACACGUGAAGCUGUGAGAAGACACAGACUAAGCUGCAGGCGAAGUCUGCCUCUGAAAGAGAUUCAUGUAAUGUACAUACAGGGCUGCAUGAACAGCAGCCAAAGUGGUAUGAAUUUUAAAAUGCAGAUAGACAGAAAUGAGUUGCUUUAACACAACAAAUCUACCACUCGGAGAGACUAAUAAGCAUUACUGUUUAUUUAUUAUUAUUAUUUAUUUAAAGUAUUUUUAUUAUGUGGUGAAAAGAAUCUGUUUUUCAUAUGUGUUUUUAUCUGAAGUACUGUAUGUAAAAAUAUAAGCAUUGAAUAAAAGAUUUCCAGAGACAAAA